UCCAGUGAUCCAGUAAUCCAGUCUAUAUCGCGCCUCCCCGGAUCCUCUUUUCUCUCAUCUUCUCCUCCAUCUUCUUCCUCUUUUCUCCCCUCUCUCCCUCUACACUACUCUACUCUAUCAUCAUAGCAAUUUCCCUUCGUUGGUUCGCCUCUUUUUGGGUCUUCUAUCACUCAUUCAAUUUUGGCCUCGACAACUCUAUUUUCCUACUUAUACUACCAUUGGCCUCCUAUCGUCUUCCUCCCUCAAGGCUUCUUUCCUUCACACUCUUCUACUUCAAACAAUUCUUCCUUACGCAAUUUAAUAGACUUUUAUUGUCUACUAUCUACUGUCUCACACCUCACAUCUUUCAAUUGGAAGAAUGAAGACCUCCAUAUCCUCAGAUGUCUGGGAGAAGAAGAAAGCGGUGAUUGCCAAGUUGUAUAUGGAGGAGGAAUGGCCGCUCAAACAAGUCAUCAAACAAAUUCGUUCAGACGAUUUCAAUCCUAGUGAAACCCAAUUGCGAAGUCGCCUUAAGAAAUGGCGUGUCACUAAACCAUCACGUCAGACUCGGAAGAAACCUCAAGGCUCUGAGGAUCCCGAGUCCGAAAAGGACAGCAGAGGCUCAACAUCGCCUCGUAACAGCAGAACAUCUCCGGUGACUCGGAACCCCUCAUCAUCAUCUUCGACCACCCGCUCAGACUGGGCGGCACAAUCUAUCUACACCCCGGCAGAGAUCCCACAGCCGGGCAAGUGGAAUACUCACAUCGCCCAACAAUUGACUCCCAGCCCAUCGGGUGACCAUACCCUCGUCUGCGACAGGCAUCCAGCAAGCUACUCAUUCUCCGAAGCCAGUUCCACCACCACGUCCUUUGAGCAACCCGCUCAGACGUCCCCAGUGACUGAGGGUCUCAUGCUCAACACUACCUCCGCCGUCACGCCCACGUACGCCGCAUACCCGCUCUCACCGGGGUCGUGCAUGCCCAGUCCAGAUUCAACUACCACUCCCGCCGUGGCACAAUGGCCUCCACGUUCGGUGUCUGUUGAUAUGAGCUUCAAUCCGGCUUUACAUUCCGCGCAAUGGUACGGCAUGUCAUUCGAACCAUUCAGUCCACCCCCCUCAGGUGUUCCACAAUCUGCACCGCUAGCACCACCUCCUCAUCCUGCCGGAUACGUUGUUUCUCCCGGCCCAGGCGUUUUCUCGACAGAGUUUGCUCCCUACGAGAUGCCUGACUACCAUGGUUAUGAUGCGAAGCAGUGGAAGCGGACCAUGUCCCUUCAAUAUGAUUAUGCUGGGCACCAUGGCCGACCUGAGCACGAGAGGAAACAUAUCAACUACCAUGGUAUCGCCCCUCAUGGAAUGGUGCCCAUCCCUGCGUCCCAGGCUGGUCCGCACGCAGUGAUGUGUGCGCCCAUGGUCCCAUACAUGGGUUAAAGAUCAGCCAGUGGCACAGAAGCAGACACAUCUGCCAUGUGGACUGCUUUUUAACGGCAUUUUUUGAUGUUGUUCUCCUGUGAUACCUAUAUUUUCCCCGAAUUCCUUCCUCUGGUUUCCUUUUUUUUUUCCAUUUGCACUAUCUUGUUCCUUUUUCUCUAAUCUUAUAUGAAAAUGGGCAGUCGAUCCGUAUCUUAUAGAUCUCAUGUACGACAUACUCGCGGUGUUGGACCCUACGAAGUGGGCGGUCGAUUCAAUUUGGAAUCUUUCUCAAUUUUCUCUGUUAUUGGGUUGUUGUGUUUUUCGGCGUUGGCAUAGGCGGCUUUUGUUAUAUUGAUACCUCUGGUGAAUUGAUCCAAUGUUUUAAUGAUGUACUGAUGUGCUAAAGUACCCUGAGAGGUACAAUUGUGUCUCACGGAAUUCACAUCUAAC